UAUAAGUAUCGGGAUGUUAAUUAUUUGGUAGUGAAACUAUAUAGAAUGUUGGCACGCAUUGUGUUGUGGUUCUGCAUAGUGUUAGUUGCGGACGCUCGGUCGCCUCAUGCCGACUUCGUUGAAGGACUGGCCAAGAGCCAUGCAUUUGGCAACCGUAUAUCUGACAAUAUCCUGGAAGAUGCGAUACUUGACUUGCCGGAUUUGGUAAGAAAAUACAACUAUCCAUUUGAGGAACACACUGUUACGACUGAAGAUGGUUAUAUUUUGGGUGUACACCGUAUUCCACAUGGACGGGACUCAAAUAACAGACCUGGCAAUAAGCCCGUGGUUUUUUUAAUGCAUGGUUUGGUGGCAUCAUCUGCCGAUUAUAUCACAAUGGGUCCAGGAACUGCUAUAGCGUAUUAUUUGGCCGAAGAAGGUUUCGAUGUUUGGCUGGGAAAUGCUCGUGGAACCCACUUCUCACGCAGACAUACAACCUUAAACCCUGACGCUCGUUUCAACAGCACUUUUUGGCAAUUCUCCUGGGAUGAAAUCGGAAAUAAAGACUUGCCCGCAAUGAUUGACUAUGUGCUCGAUUACACUGGAAAACCUGCAUUACACUACAUUGGAAUGUCUCAGGGUACAACGACGUUCUUCGUAAUGGCCGCCCUUCGACCGGAUUAUAAUAAAAAAAUUAUCUCGAUGCAAGCUAUGGCACCCGUAGCAUAUAUGGCUCACAACAAUAAUCCUCUAUUCUUAAUGUUAUCACCUUAUGUGAGAGAGCUAGAGAGAAUAAGUUCAUUGCUUGGAAUAACAGAACUUUUCCCUAGAAGAGAAAUUUAUACAAAGCUAGGUUUAAGGUUUUGCGUCGACGGCGCGAUCACUCAGCCAAUUUGCACUCGUCUUAUAUUUUUUAUUGCUGGAGGCAAUGAAGAUCAACAUAAUGCGACUAUGUUUCCGGUAAAGGCGGGUCAUGCUCCUGCAGGGAUAUCAGCGAGGCAGUUACUUCACUACGGCCAAAGUAUAAAAGACAAGGGUUUUAGACGUUACGAUCAUGGUCCGUUGCAAAACAUUCAAAUAUAUGGAAGAUCGUCCCCGCCUACGUAUGAUUUGUCCAAAAUAACGGCACCUGUCUUUUUACACUAUUCAGCAAAAGAUCCGUUAGCUCAUUUAAAUGAUGUUGAGAGGCUGCAUAGAGAACUGGGAAAUCCAGCUGGGAAACUUUUAGUGCCACACCCGGAGUUUAGUCACGCCGAUUUUUUGUACGGCAUCAACGCGAAAACCUUGGUCUACGAAGCAAUAGUACGCUCUAUGAGGCUUUACGAUCAUAGCAGCUGA